AAAGAAAACCAACGGCCACAGUCAUCGCCGACCGCUCCUCGUCGUCGUCGUCGUUCCAUUUCAUCGACGAAAUAAGAGCAACCCUCGCAGCAAUCAUCCCAAAGAUCACACGGGGAUGAGAGAUUCAUGGGGUUUGCUUCUCUUCCGAACCUACCUCCGUUCAAGAUCGAACAUCCCAAGGCACUGUCCACACCCUUCCUCGCUCUCCGGCCCAAAUGUGCACUCGCUUCGUCACUUGACUUCGCUUUUCCGCACGGACCCUCUUCAUGACUCGCCUCCAGGACUUCCGUUUGGUGACCAAGUCGCGAGCUUGGCGAUACCCAAUAGCUCUUUCAUGGCCAGGCCCUUCUCGUCGGAGCCGGCUGUUGAAGUGAGGGACCCGGAUCACGCGGUUGUCGCCGAUGCUUUCGCUAGAUUCGAAGACUCGGAGGAUGCGGCGAAGGAGCUGGAGUUGAACAAUGUCGCCGUGAGCCGUGACUUGGUUCUGAAGGUGUUGGAGAGUCUCUCUGCUAGGCCUCGCGCUGCGGUUAAGUUUUUCGAUUGGGUUUCGGAGAGGCAUAGGGAGAGAUUGAGCUCGAAAUCGUAUAAUUUGAUGCUGGGUAUCUUGGCUGUGAAUGGCUUUGUCUCGGAAUUCUGGGGUUUGUUAGAGACUAUGAAGAAACUGGGUUAUGGUGUGUCCGGACGCUUUAGAGAUCAAGUGUUGGACACGUUUGAGAAAGAGGGGAGAGAGAGUGAUGCGGAGAAGCUGAGAGGUGUUUUUGCUUCUGGAUCAGUUUAUAACUCUGUUGAGAAGAAUUCCUCCAGGAUUUGUAGGAUAGUGCAGAAUUUGGUUUGGAGCGAAGAUGUCGAGAAGAAAUUGCUGGAGUUAGAUGUCGAGUUUUCGAGUGAUGUGGUUAAGAUGGUACUGCAACAUCUUGCUACCGAGCCCAUGAAAGCAUUGAUAUUAUUCCGGUGGGUCGAAGAAAGUGGUUUUUUUAAACACAAUAAGCAGACAUAUAAUGGCAUGGCAAUUGUCUUAGGGAGAGAAGAUUGUAUCGAUAGAUUUUGGAAGCUGGUUGAUGAAAUGAAGUUUGCUGGGUAUGAAAUGGAAUUAGAGACUUACGUCAAGGUAUUGGGUCGGUUUUGUAAGAAGAAGAUGAUAAGGGACGCAGUCUAUUUAUAUGAGUUUGCAAUGGGUGGUGCCAAUAGGCCUUCAGCGCAGGAAAGUACAUUCCUAUUGAGGAAAAUAGCUGUUAGCAAGGACUUUGAUAUGGGUCUUUUUUCUAGAGUUGUGAAGGUUUAUACAGAGAAAGGGAAUGUGCUGACAGACUCCAUGCUUUAUGCAGUUUUGAAGUCUUUAGCCAGUGUCGGAAGAUUAGGGGAGUCUGACAAGGUUUUGAAAGUAAUGCAGGAGCGCGGGUUCUCACCUGGCUUCAAUCUCCGGAGCAAAAUUGCAUUCUGGCUUAGUAGUACUGGUAAAAAGGAUGAGGCGAGUAAAUUCAUGGAUACACUAGAAUCAUCUGGGCUUACUUCUGAUUUCAGGACCAUUACAUCACUAAUAGAAGGGCAUUGUGUUUCGGGAGAUCUUGAAAAGGCUUCUGAUUAUUUCCAUGAGAUGGUUGAGAAGGAAGCGGGUUCUUCUGCUAGCUGCGCUCUUGAUUUGCUAGUUAAUGCAUAUUGCGAUGAGAACAGAGAAUUUGAUGCUUGCCGAAUUUUGAAAGAUUGUGCAUCUAACAAUGAGUUGAAGCCUUGGCAUGCGACGUACAAACUUCUGACGAAGAAAUUGCUGGCUCAAGGAGGAUUUGAAGAUGCAUUGAGACUUCUGAGUCUGAUGAAGGAACAUGGAUACCCACCUUUCCUCGAUCCUUUUAUUCAGCACGUAUCAAACAAAGGAACCAGAGAUGAUGCUCUUGCUUUUCUAAAGGCAAUGACCUCGAAAAAAUUCCCGUCUACAUCUGUGUUUCUUCAAAUGUUCGAAGCCUUCUUCAAGGUUCAUGUCGAUGGCACGACAACCAUGUCUAUUCACAAGAGAAUAGCAAGUAUCAGAGAGUUCUAUGAGAGGCAUUACAGAUGCUGAAGAGAGAAUGCAGGAGGCAGUAUGCCUGGAAAGAUACUGCAAGAGAGGAAGAGGAACAUACACGGCACUCAAUAUUAGGUCUUCACAUUCCUCAGCAAAUUCUAUGAUUUAUCA